AUGAACAAUAAUAAUACCAAUCUUCUUCCUGAUCUAGUGGUAAAUAACAUUCACCAUCUGCCAACAGGUAAUAAUCAAAGUGAAGUAGUACCAAUUUCUCAACAACAAAAGAGGCAAAAUAGUUUAUCCAACUAUAUGAUAGGAUCUUCCAAUAAAAGAGUUCCUAAUACUAUGCCAAAUCCUGAUUUCCAAUUUGGAUCAUCCCCAAAUAAAACCUCGCAACCUUCGCCAUCAACCCCCAACGUACAAGCCACAAGAUAUAAUAAUCCUAUGGUUCGGGCCAAUAUAAGGAGGAACAUCGGUUCAUCUCAACCAGGUGUACAAGGUUUAGUAAAUAUGAAAACUCCAACUCCAUCUGCUUAUGAAGUCCCCUCCAGUCCAAAUAUUAAUCCAUUAGCUAAUAUUUCAAAUCAAAAUCAUUCAGAUCUGUCCGAAUCAAACCCAGUAAUGGAUCAACAGGAUCUACAUCAAUCAAGUGAUAUAUCAUCUCUUCCAAGAGAUUCUUCUGCUCCAGCAGCUACCCCUUCAACCAUAGUGAAUCAAGAUUUAAAUGAACAACAAGGUAAUCAACAACGAGCAAUGUCAGAUGAAGAACAACAAUUAGCUACAAAGUUGAAAGAAACCUAUAAGAAUAUCGUUAAUUUUGAAGAAGUGGUUCAAAAGAAUUGUAUAGAAAUAACGAUCAAGAUUAAUCAAAUUACAAGUAAUACUAAUAAUAGUAGUCUAGUAUAUGGGAAUUCUCCAUUAAUUAAUCAACAAUUAUCAUCAUCGGUUAAUUCAAAUAACUCAUCAAUUGCAUCAACUACGGUUAGAACUUCAGAAUUACUGAAUGAUUUAUGGACAGUAUAUCAUCAUAACAUAACUCUUUUAGAUAAUUAUUAUGAUUUUUUAGUCACGGCAUUAAAACCUUCAUCAAAUAAAACUCAUUUCAAAACAGGCAAAAAUAUUGUUGAAUUAUAUAAAAUUCCAAGACGAAUGUGGGUCUAUGGUAUUGUGGGAUUCCUUGAAGUUUUAAAAAACAUUAUAAGUAUAUUUCAGGAUCAUGAAAUUUGUUCAUGUUUUAUUGCAUAUUGUUUCAAUAUUAUCUCAAUUCUUACUGACCCAGUGUUGGAAAUGGAAGGAUGGUGGCUGGAAAAAUUAGGUGAUUUAUCAAGAAUGGCAAUAGCAUUAUACCCAUCAAAAUUCAUUGAUUGGAAAAUUAGUGCUGAAUACUGGUAUUCCAUUGCCAUGAAAACUUUAUAUGGUCAUGGAAAGAUUUAUUAUCAUAUGUGUACCGUCCAACAGGAUAAUUUGGAUGCAUUAGUAAACAUUGGUAAAUCAGUAAUUUGUCAUGAUCCAUUCGUUCCAACUCAACAUUAUUUAAAAUUAGUAGUGGAAAACAUUUGUACUCAAAGAAAUAUUUUAUCAUUGUUGGAAUUACCCAUUAUUGAUUUCAUAAAGAUUCAUAAGGUUCUUUUAAGUAUUUACUCCAGUAAUAGAAAUACUGAUGGAGGAGUUUCGAAUUCAGUUGAAAGUAUCCAUGAUAGUCAACUUCAAUAUGGAAUUGAUCUUGUUACCAGAUAUGGUCUUACCUUUGGUUCAGAUUCUAAUGGAUAUAAUUUUUUCACCAGAGAAUUAUAUACUCCAACUGGUGUAACCUUGAUAAAUGAUCCUCAUCAUCCAUAUUACUUACAACAACAGCAGCAACAACUUCAACAACAACAGCAACAACAACAGCCUAGCGCUACUAAUACAAUCGAAAAAAUGAAUUUCUGGUUUAAUAAAGGAUCUUCUUUUGCCAUUGCAAAUAUUAAUCAUUUAGUUGGUUUAGGUGAUGCAAAGAAUCCAUUCGCCAAGAUAUUCAUGCUUCCAGAAGCCUUAAAGGAAAGAAAGGAUAAAAAGGAUAGAAAACGCAAAUCUAGAGUUUCCCAAUCUCAACAAGUUGAAGAAUCAAUGAAUGGAGUAGAUGGACAAUCAGUAGUUGCAUUAGAUUUGUCUUCCAAUGAUUGGUUUUAUUGCUUACAAUUCAUCAAUAAGUCGGUAUUGGAAUUAUCCAUCCGUAUUUUGAAUCAUUACUUGAUUGGUCCAAAACAAGCAUCAACGGGACAUGUUAUUGUUUGGUUAUAUUUUUUAAUUUCGGUAGGUGAAGCUACAAAGAAAUUUCCAAAUUCAAAAGCCAUGUUUGGAUGGAUUUUUAAGAAACUUUUCCCAUGGGAAUCAUUUAUAAAUUAUUUGAAUUCAUUACUUGCAUUUGUCAAAAAUAGUCCCAAAUUAAGUGAAUUAUGUAAUCAUUAUAUCAAUCAUUAUUCUGAUUAUAUUCAACAUUUCAAUAAUAAUGAAUCACUUCCUGAAGUUUGGAAAUGUUGGGGUACGUUAUGGUUUGAUUGUAUUGAAGAAAAGCUGGAUUAUACUGAUGUUGAAUCUGCUGGUGUCAAGAAUAAUAAUUUAUUUGAUAUGCCAGCUUGCGGAACAUAUCCCGUUGUCACUAUGGCCAAUGAAGCAGCUGAUCAAAAAUCAAGAAAAACCACGGAAAGUGAAAAUGAUGAAAGAAUAAUUAGAAUUGUAUUAUUAGCCAGAGUUUUGGCUGAUGAAUAUGAAUUUGGCUUGAUUAGAACUCCAAAUGAAUUCAAAUAUGAUGAAAAUAUCCAUGCUACUACCGAUUCUUCAGUAGUUCCAACUCCUACUAAUUCCAAUGUUAGACAAAGUGAUCCAUAUUCUUAUAUGGAAGAAUUUUUAUUAAGUGAUGGUAGAUUUGUGCAAAAUAACUUUUUACAAGCUAUAUCGCUUGAUAAUUUAUAUGGAGUAGCUGAUGGAUUAACCCAAGCUCAAAAGGAUGUUUCAUGGUUUGGAAGAUAUGAUCAUGAUUUAGAUGAUGAUGAAGAAGAAGAUGAAGAAAGAUAUUCUGAAUUUGAAGAAGAUAUGUCAGAAUAUGAAAAUAAUAAUUCAUAUCAUCAAAUGAUUACUGAUCAAGGGUUUUAUUCAGAAGGUGAUCCUAAUAUUGAUACUAUUGAAGGAAAUCUUGGAGAAUUUAUGGAUACAAACAUUACUUAUAUAACCUUGGAUACUAAUAUUUGGUUAAAGCAUUGUGGAAGAGUAUUUAAAUGUGUUCGUAAUGGAGUAUUCAAAAUCCUGAUACCUUUAAUUGUAUUUCAAGAAUUAAGAGCUUUAAGAAAAUCGGCUGAAGCAACUAUAGCUGAUGCUGCUACCAGAUCUGUUAUUAUUAUUAGAGAAUUAUAUUUAUCAAAAGAAAUACUUCCAUUAAGAUAUGAUGGAACUGUUGCAUCCGAUAUCAAUGAAACCACUGAAUUUGAAAACAAUUCAAAUUGGAGAUCAAGUGUUGAUGAAACUAUUUUAAACUCCGUCAAUGAGAAUGAUGAAAUUGGUAAAAAACUGGCCAAAGGAAUUAAUCAAAAAUUAUCCAUUUACAGAGCCAAUAAAGAUGAUGAUCAAUUAGGUGAUUCAACUGUCUUAAAUGCAAAGAUGGCAAGAAUGUUCCGAUAUUGUAUAUUGAUCACUGAUGAUAGAAAUUUAAGAUUAAGAGCUAAAACUGUGGGACUCAUAAGUUUCCAAAGCAGAUGGUUUUUUAAUCAAUUAGAAAAUACGUUUUCUAGAAUGUGCAUAGAUUAA